AUGUUGUACAGAACAGCUAGCACUAUAACGGUUGUAACAAAUAAUUUUAUUACACAUAGAAGUUUUGCAUCUAAGUUAAUUUUUAGUGAAUACGGUAAUCCAGUUGAUGUAGUGAAAAAAGUAACGGUGACAGUGCCAGAACCAUCGUCAGAUGAAGUACUAGUAGAAGUCCUCUCGUCGCCUGUCAAUCCUGUGGAUAUUAAUAUAAUACAAGGCAAAUAUCCAGUAAAAAAAAUCUUCCCAGCGGUUCCAGGAUCGGAAGCUGUAGGAAAAGUUAUAAAGGUUGGAAAAUACGUGGAAGACUUUAAAGAAGGUGAUCAUGUAGUACCUUUAGAAUAUAACUUAGGUACCUGGACGACACAUAUGGUGUUAUCUAAAAGAAUAAUUAAAAAGGUACCAAAUAGUCUACCUGUGGCUGAAGCUGCUAUUCUUAUGACAAAUCCUCCUACAGCGUACAGAAUGUUAAAAGAUUUUGUUAAGCUAAAAAAAGGUGAUACAGUGAUUCAAAAUGCAGCAAAUUCUUCUUGCGGGCAAUUAGUCCUACAACUUUGCAAAAUGUGGGGUAUUAAUUCAGUAAAUGUUAUUAGAGAUAGACCAAAUAUUAGUGAGUUAAAACAAGAAUUAAAAACACUUGGUGCUACACACGUCUUAACAGAAGAAGAAUUACGCACUACUGAUAUUUUCAAAUCAAAAACAGUAGCAAAACCAAAGUUAGCUCUAAACUGUGUUGGUGGUCAAAGUUCCACCGAAUUACUAAGAAAGUUAGAUCAAAAUGGUACUCUAGUGACUUAUGGUGGGAUGUCCAUGCAACCUGUAAAAAUACCUGUGUCUGCUUUAAUAUUUAAAAAUAUUAGUUUCGUAGGGUUUAGUGUUAAUAUCUGGAAUAGCAAAUCAGACAUUAAAGAAAGGGAUAUAAUGUUGGAUGAACUGAUAUGUAUGUUUAUGAAUGGUGAUUUGAAAAUACCACCUUUUCGUGCUGUGGGUUUAGAUAAUUUCCAAGAAGCGCUGGAAGCAGGACUAUUAAAUAAAUCUGGUAAAAAAUAUCUUUUAGAAAUUAAUAAAUAAUAAGGA